UCUAAAAAUGGGGGUACUAAAAGUGAAGUCUGUACACGUAUCUGGUUGUCAUGCGAGCUGGCUGAAAAGUUUUGUGCAAAUUAAGUCGACAAUUUUGCUGGUAAUUUCGUCUCUUGCCCAACCCAGGAUUGCAAAUUUUGGAUUUUGAAAUAAGCGGCCAGGCUGAAAUCGGAUCAAAAUGUUCCUCUCGGAAGCACCGUGCUACACGAUCAUCAACGCGCAGGAGACGGAGCCGUACAAUGAAAUGCAGCUCAAGAUGGAUCUUGAGAAAGGCGAGCUGAAUGUAAAGAUCGAUACGUUAAAGCGGGUUAUUCAGCUGUUGUUGAAUGGCGAGCGGCUGCCAAGCUUGCUCAUGACCAUAAUUCGGUUUGUUCUGCCGCUGCAGAAUCACACCAUCAAGAAGCUGCUGCUGAUUUACUGGGAGAUUGUUCCGAAGACCUCGCCGGAUGGAAAGCUUCUGCAGGAAAUGAUUUUGGUGUGCGACGCGUACCGGAAGGAUUUGCAACAUCCGAAUGAGUUUUUGCGGGGAUCGACGCUGCGAUUUUUGUGUAAAUUGAAGGAACCGGAGCUAUUGGAACCGCUGAUGCCGGCGAUUCGUGCCUGUCUGGAGCACCGGCACUCGUAUGUGCGGAGGAAUGCUGUUUUGGCUAUAUUCACAAUUUACAAGAACUUUGAGUGGCUCGUGCCGGACGGUCCGGAACUGGUGGCCAACUUUUUGGACUCACAGCAGGACAUGUCGUGCAAGCGGAAUGCUUUCCUGAUGUUGCUUCAUGCUGAUCAAGAGCGAGCGUUGAAUUAUUUGGCUUCGUGCCUGGAUCAGGUGAAUAACUUUGGCGACAUUCUGCAGCUGGUCAUCGUUGAGCUGAUCUACAAGGUGUGCCAUGCGAACCCAGCCGAGCGUUCACGAUUCAUUCGUUGCAUCUACAAUUUGCUAAAUUCUUCCUCGAACGCGGUUCGCUAUGAAGCCGCUGGAACUCUCGUGACACUUUCCACUGCGCCAACGGCCAUUAAAGCGGCCGUCAGCUGUUACAUCGAGCUGAUCAUCAAGGAGAGCGAUAAUAACGUAAAACUGAUUGUCCUGGAUCGUCUGAUUGCACUGAAGGAAAACGAAAACAUGGAGCGUGUGAUGCAGGAACUGGUCAUGGACAUUCUUCGCGUCUUGUCCGCUACAGAUAUUGAAGUUCGCCGCAAAACUCUCACACUUGCCAUGGAUUUGGUUUCAUCGCGCAAUAUCGAAGAGAUGGUUUUGGUGCUCAAGAAGGAGGUUUCCAAAACCCACAACAUUGAGCACGAGGACACUGGAAAGUAUCGCCAACUUUUGGUGCGUACGCUGCACAGUUGCUGCAUCAAGUUCCCCGACGUGGCCGCAACGGUCAUACCGGUGCUGGUGGAAUUUCUGUCCGAUUCGAACGAAUUGGCGGCGGCCGACGUGCUGAUCUUUGUGCGCGAGGCAAUCCAAAAGUUCCCGCACUUGCAACCGCUCGUCAUCGAAAAACUGCUCGAGGCAUUCCCGGCCAUCAAAUCGUCCAAGAUUCAACGCGCUACCCUCUGGAUUCUGGGCGAGUACGCCACCACGGUCAAGGACAUCCUGGACGUCAUCACCAGCAUCAACCAGACGCUCGGUGAGGUUCCGAUCGUGGAGGCUGAACAGCGCCGUCUCGCUGGCGAAGGGAACGAAAACGACGAAAAUAAGGCGCCAAACAGUGUGGCGGUGCCAAACAACAAGGUCACAUCGGACGGAACGUACGCCACGCAGAGUGCGUUUAGCGUUGCGCCCGUCUCCAAGAAGGUGGAACGUCCCCCGCUGCGCCAAUAUCUGAUGGACGGGGACUUUUUCAUCGGCACUACGCUGGCCGCGACCCUCACGAAGCUGGUGCUGCGUUUCAUCGAGCUUGAGUCGAACGAGAAGAAGCAAAACCGUCUCUGCUCGAGCGCGAUGCUGAUAAUGAGCUCGAUUCUGCACCUGGGAAAAUCCGGACUGCCUACGAAGGCCAUCACGAAUGACGACAUGGACCGCAUUUUCCUCUGUCUGAAAACGCUCAGCCUGCGCACGCCGGAAAUUGUGGAAAUCUUCAGGAAAUCGUGCCGUAACGCACUGGCCAACAUGUUGAGCGCUCAGAACGAAGAGGAACAGCAAACCCAGAAGGACAAGCAAAAGGUCGCCGCCAAAAUCCAGCCCGACGAUCCGAUUGCGUUCACGCAGCUUUCCAGCGGAAAGAAUGACCAACUUGGGGAAAACGUUUUCGAAUCCAGCUUGAAUCAGGCCCUGGCCGGAACGAAGAGUACCGCCCUGUCGGAUGUGGCAUCUCCCAACAACAAGCUCAACAAGGUCACCCAGUUGACGGGCUUCUCCGAUCCGGUUUACGCCGAAGCGUACGUGCACGUAAAUCAGUACGACAUCGUGCUGGACGUGCUGAUUGUGAACCAAACGAGCGACACGCUGCAGAAUUGCACCCUGGAACUGGCCACCGUGGGCGAUUUGAAGCUCGUUGAACGGCCCCAUCCGGUCGUGUUGGCCCCGCAUGAUUUUUGCAACAUCAAGGCAAACGUAAAAGUUUCCUCGACCGAAAACGGAAUUAUCUUUGGCAAUAUUGUAUACGACACAACCGGUUCGUCCAACGUGGUCGUGCUGAACACGAUCCACAUCGACAUCAUGGAUUACAUCCUGCCCGCGAGCUGCACCGACACCGAGUUCCGCACCAUGUGGGUCGAGUUCGAGUGGGAGAACAAGGUUUCGGUCAACACCACGCUGACCGAUCUGCACGAGUAUCUCAAGAUGCUGCUCAAGUCGACUAACAUGAAGUGUCUGACGCCGGAAAAGGCACUGUCCGGCCAGUGCGGGUUCAUGGCCGCCAACAUGUACGCUAGAUCCAUUUUCGGUGAGGACGCUCUGGCCAACCUGAGCAUUGAGAAGCCGCUGGACCGACCGGACGCACCGGUUACGGGACACAUCCGGAUACGGGCAAAGAGUCAGGGCAUGGCUUUGAGCUUGGGUGACAAAAUCAACCACACGCAAAAGUGUCUGCAAGAGAAAUCGGCUGCCGCCUAAACAAAAUCCAAUCUUCGUUUUAAGUGCAUAAUGGAACUAUCUUUUCAAACAAGUUUUUUUUUAAAGCAAAUUAUAAUUACUUUUUCUUAUGGAGCAUCAAAGUGGGCAGUUGCAUUGUAGAAACUCCAUUCCUAAACAGAAACAAGCCUAGUAUUAGAGGUAAACACCAGACCAGACGGAACGCUGAAAGCUGCUGUACGGCAUGGGAUCGCGAAAGAAAUUUAUACUUAACACAAAUAAUUAUGACUAUCUCUGCGAUGAAAAAACUGGCGUGUUGUCUGAAAUAAAUGAAAACCAAUUAUUGACGCUCGUGAAAAAAAAAAAGUUAUUGUUCAACCCAACACAUUGAUUAUUAAUAUAUACAUAUAUAACACUACACUUA